AUGCCUCCAAAACCAAGGACAAAAUCAGUUACAAAGUCUAACCAGAAGUCUCCUGAAAACAGUCGAAGAGUAUCUUCAAGGAUAUCCGAACGUGUAUCUGCAGUUGAACCUGAUGAUGAUACACCUAGUGCUACUCCAAAUAAAAAGAAACCUGCUAGUAACACACCAAGCCGUCCUUCUUCCAAACGUGCCAAAGGUCCGAUAUCAAUAAUAACAGAACAAGAUAUUCUAACCACCACAGAUUCUGAAGAUUUAAUAGAAUUGAUAAACGACUUGACUAAUACUAAGCAAGAUGAGAUAUUUACUAAAUAUCAAACCAAAAUGCAAUCACAAUUGGAGAAUGACCACAUGUUAAUACAGGAACUACAAUUAGAGUUACGGAGAAAGAACGACACUAUAGAUAAACUCUUGGACGAAAUAUCCCAGCUUAAACAAUCCCAAUCGGGCGAGGCUGAACUUACAUUUGAAUCACCAAUUCGAAAGCGACAACCUAUGAAUGACAUAACUUUAACAAAGGAAUUAGAAAACAUUUCCAUCACUUUAGAUAUGAUAGAAUUACUUGCUGGGGUUAGAGUUGUUAACUUCCAAGAAGAUGAUCUGAUGUUGUAUUUCGAUGUUAAACAAUCAAGUCCUCCUUUGUUUAUAACAUAUCAGUUAAUUAUAUCAAAAGAGUUUGAGGCAACAGCGCAAGUGAAUUAUGUUCCUACCUUUUUGGAUGCUUUAGAAAAUGAAUUUGACCAUGGGGAUGAUGAAGUUGAUAUAGUUGAGAAUGCCAGAUUUCUUAAACGAAUAUUACCAGAUUACUUGUGUGAAAAAUUAUUAUUUCCUAUUGAUACAUUAGCCCAGUUCUAUAGUAAAGUUGGUAGGGCACUUCAUAAAAAGAAAUAA